UUUGACUUUAAACUUCCUUUCCGAAAUCGAAAUGUGCGAUAAUGAUGUAUUUCAAGGUGAUAUUCAUCAAUUCAAUUUUGUUUUUUCCGAGGAAAUUCAACAAACUGCGAGUGUUGAUAACAAGAUUGACGUGGAUCGAAGUUUAAGCGUUUUCCACGAAAGCUAUCCACUACGUAACGAUUAUCGGAAUUGGAUUGAAGAUUUAGAAAAGCAGCUAAUUUCUAAUACGGAAAUUAUGAGCGAUAAUCAACCCAAUACCCCCGAAGAAAUCAUGGAUGAUAAAAAAUCCGAACCCGCAAUGGAAGAAGACCCAGCUUUAAAUUUCGCGACGAAAAUCGUCAGCUCAAUCAUGACUCAAAAUAAUUUAUCGUCUGAAUUUCAAAUUGCCGGAAUUUGCAAAGCCGUUGAAAUUGCCAAGAAAGGAUUUUACGAAUUGAAAACCACCGAAACAAUUCUACAAGACAUUUACAACGCGGAAAUUGCAAUUUUCCCUAAACCAAAUUCUCAGGAUGAGCCUUACAGUCCCAGUGAUACCAUAGAGACUAUUGAUCUUACAAUAUCCGACGAUGAAGGUCCGUUAGAUUUAUCUCACACCAUGCCAAAGUUGUCUUUGUUAUCACCAGACACAUCAAACACAUCUCUCCCAGCCGAAGAAAAUAAUAAAACUGAAACGAACAAUAUUAAUAACCAAAACAUAUAUGAAGACAUAAGCGAUUUUGAAUCAAACCAUGAAGAAGAAAUCACCGAAAAAGUUGAAGAUAUAAAAAAAGACGAUGAAAAUGAAAACACUAAGUUCGAAAGACGCAUUGUUGAUGUAACCCACUUCAAAAACUUUAAUACUAGGUUGGUGAAUCAUUUGCUUGAUCAAACUGUUUACGGAUCAUACACUGAAGCAAGUGCAGCAAUGCGUAGGUUGCAACAAAUUACAAAUACCCCUUCGAACGCAAUAACAGUAAUCCACGUUGGCACUAACUGCAUGAAUUGUGAUUAUUAUAAUUAUCAAAAUCAAGCAUACCACAACGACUAUACCGAUUAUUCUAAUCAUUACAAUCAAAAUUAUUCAUUCCAUGGUGAAUAUAACGCAAACAUGAAUUAUCCAGAUACGAUGAGAAAUGAUAGUAACGGACAAUACUUUUAUACAAAUUAUGAUGAGCACACAAGAAGGGCGAAUGAAGAGAAUUUACCUCAACCUGACUACAACAAUCAAUUUGAUAACAACGAAGAGGAAGGAAAUAUCGAAAGUGUAUCGAAAUUUCCUGAAGACCACGGCGAAAAGGAUUUUAAAAUAGAGGAAGACAAAAUUGAAGAAGAUGAAUUGAAGGAACAGGAAUUGCAAGAAGAAAGUCACGAAGAAGAAACUCCCAAAUAUCAUAUUUUAUGCAAUGAUGAAACAAAUGUAAAUGAAAACAAAGAUGAAAGUGGAAGCGAAAAUCCUGGAGAAACUAGCAGUUUGAGAAUGGAAGAGGAUGAUGAGAUGGAUGAAGAAGAUGAAAUGGAAGGCAAAGAUGAGAUGGAUGAAGAAGAUGAAAUGGAAGGCAAAGAUGAGAUGGAUGAAGAAGAUGAGCUAGAAGAAAAAGAUGAAAUGGAUGAAGAAGAUGAGGUAGAAGAAAAGGAUGUGAUGGAAGAAGAAGAUGGGUCAGAAAAAGAAGGUAAAAUGGAAGGUGAAGAACAUAAUACCAUCGAAAUCGAAAAUCCUCAAGAUGAGAUGAAAAGUCUAAGCCCAUAUAAUUAUACACUAGAAAUCGAAGAUAAAUAUAAUGACGACUGGAAUGAUAACAAAGAAAGUGCAAAACAGGAACAUCCAGAAAGUGAUCGGUGGGGAGAACAAGGAGAACAAGGAUGGACUACUUGGGAUAUUGAAGAACCAAGCUUAGAUGAUAACGCAAUCGAAUGUGAAACCGAAAAUCUUGGAGAAAUCGAAGAAGCUACUAAUGUUAAUAACGAUUGUAACGAAGAAAAUCCAUCAUCUGAAGUGGAUGAGAAACCUGAAAAAAACUACAAUAAUGCUGAAAUAUGUGAUGAUCGUGGUCGUAGUCGAAGACGUAGUCGCGGACGUGGUCGAGGUAGAGGAUUUGGACGUAAAAAUAAUAAUACAAGCAACAAUGAUGAAAUGAAAAGUGCUGAACCACCGCAGAAAAAGAAGAAAUCAAAGAAACCACAGCAGAUGACACGUCGUGAAAUAACUGUAGCUGUUGAAGUCCCAGAAACAACCUAUAUAACAUUAGGGUUACGACCGCGUGGUAUUCCGUUAUGUUUUGUGCAUUCGGGAGAGUUUAGAAUUCCAAUUUACGAUUAUGAUGAACUUCAAAAAGUUGAUAACUUAAUUAAUAAUUAUUUAAAACGUAUCGCGAUUGACAUAAAUAAACGUUAA